CAUUGUGUCGAAAAGUAUCUGGGAUCAGGUGAUGGAGGAGGAGGGGAUACUGCACAAUUUGUAACACCCUGAGGGCUAGCAUGUAUAGAUGUAAAUAUAAAACACAAAAAGCCCUUUUGCCGCUCGUUCAGCUGAUCGAGUGUGGUGCGAGGGAUCUACAGUCAUCAAGCAGGGCAGGGAUGACAUCCACCCCCCCUGGAACACCUGGCCACAGGCCAGGCAGCAAUAGGAAAGUGACUUCACCCAUUCCCAUUGUGAGGAGUGCCGGUGCACUUUCUCCUCUUUCUUUGGGAUCCUUCAGCUUCUCAAGCAGCAGGCCCUUAACCCCAUCACCCAUGCCCUCACCACCAUCCUCCCCACCAGCUCCAAGCUCUCCUUCAGGCCUUAUUCAGGCUGCCAAAGAUGCAUUGAUGGAUGCAGUAUCAAAGAAAGACUCUAAGACAAGCUACCUUGCUAUUGAUGAGGAUAUGCGAGAUAUGUGUUAUUACUACACUCAACUUGGUACUGAUGAACGUUCUGAGUUCUUGAUGUAUAUGGCGACUGCAUUGUCCACAGACCAUCAUGUGGUGGAGGAGCUCAUUCAACAGAAACCAAAGGUUGGGGAUAAUGACAGUGGCAAUGGAGCCCAACUGCUGCGGUGGGAAGAUCGUCUGCGCCACUCCCUGCAACCACCACACCACUGGGUCUUCUCUCAGAUAUCCCGCCUCUCAGGAGGUGUCAAGUUUUUAGUGGAUAUGCGUCAAGAUUUACUUGCAACUUUGUACACCAAGGCUUCAGACCCAACAGCCUCUGUCGUUCUGAAGACUCUGGACACAGUUCUGCGAGAGUUGUUGUCCCUGUGGUUUACUGUUGGUCUCUUAGAUGUUCAACGUAUUACGUGGGAAUCACCUUGUAAUUUAUUGCAGAAGAUCUCAGAAUAUGAGGCUGUCCAUCCGGUCCGUAACUGGACAGAUCUCAAACGAAGAGUUGGCCUCUAUCGCCGCUGCUUUACCUUCACCCACUCCUGCAUGCCCAAGGAGCCCCUAGUUGUGCUGCACAUCUUUCUUACUAAUGAAAUUUCAAAUUCAAUGGCCAAGAUCCUCCAGAGUUCAAGAGCAUCGUCAACCGAAAAGGAUAGCAUGAAGAAGGAUCAUGAGGAUCCAGCUUUCAUCAACACUGCAAUAUUCUAUUCCAUAACAUCAACUCAGAAAGGACUGCAGGGCAUUGAACUUGGAAAUUACCUGAUCAAGCGUGUUGUUCAUGAGCUCAAAGCAGAGUUUCCAAACAUGACUCAGUUUUCCAGCCUGUCACCAAUACCUGGCUAUGUCAAGUGGCUGAAUGGCAUGAUGGCUCAGGCUCAGAGAGGAGAAGUUACUAUAUUUACAAAAGCUGAGGAAGUGGAACUAAUGAAGUGUUUGGAAGUGAAAACACCUUCAGCUAUUUAUGAUUGCCUUAAGAAGCUGUUCACAACAAGUGGCUGGGUGGAGGAGACAGAGUUGGUGAAUGCAUUAGAUGCUCCCUUGAUGCGGCUUUGUGCAUACUAUCUGGCAGUUGAAAAAAGACGAGGUUAUGCACUUGAUAGUGUAGCAAACUUUCACCUCAAGAAUGGAGCAGUGUUAUGGCGCAUCAACUGGCAGGCAGACCAGUCACACCGAGGCUUGGCCAAUUCCUGUGGCAUCAUGGUUAACUAUAGGUACUUUCUUGAUGAAUGUGAAACCAAUAGCCGCACCUAUCUAGAGAGUCAGGAGAUUAUUUUAUCAGAAUCAGUGAAGUUCCUAGUCAACACAGCACUUUCAAAGGUUGUGAAGAAGGGUUCAGAGUCCUCAUCUGUUCCUCUGUCACACCCCCAGAGCCCCACACCUCCGCUCAUCACAGUCACCCCAGACUCUAAGAUAUAAGAUUAUACUAUCAGAAAUAUUCUUGUACUAAGAAUACAGCACCAGGUUAGUGGUUUGUGAGAAUUAAGGACUAGCCAAGUGGAACAACUUUUUCAGUAAAGAAAACUACUUAGUCUUUUUAACUUUGAAAGAUUAAAUUUGCAAGGGAAAAUAUUGUUUGUUUAGUAUUGUUACAUACCAUCAUAAUUAGAAAUAGAGAAAUUAGGUAUGUCUUUGCCCUUUUUCACUUCACCCAACUUAUCAAAUACUUGUAAAAUAAUCUAGUCAGUAUCACACAGUUAUGCAAAUCUGAUCCAGGUGUAAGACUUUAAUUUGUCUUCAAAUAUGCAUGCCUUAUUUUUCAUCUACUGUUGACCUUCGGUAACUCGGACUAAUAUGGGUAAAGGUUGGUCUGACAAACGUGAGUGUCCGACAUACGAAUCCCCCUCCACACACUCUUAAAAAAAAAGAAAAAAAAAACUCAGACUUGGUGAUGGAUUUGUUUAUUUAAUUUUAGAGGGAUUCAAAAUUUCAGGAUUAUAAUUAUCUUUCUGAAACUUUCAGACCUUAAAUUACCAGAUGGUGUAGUUUACUUAUUGCUAAUUAAAUACCCUUCCCACCAGGAAACCAUUUUUAAAUGUCUUGUGUGGUUGCAUCAUAGCCUGACUCACACUCUACACAGUACAUGGCAAGGCAUCAGAAAUAACAUUGUAACAGGUAUAAAUUGAUGAGGAUUAGAAUCAGAAACUUUAAGAAGAAGAAUUAUCGACUCCCCUCUCCCCUCUGUUGCAUAUGUUAUCUCCCCCUCCAAGACACUUGCCUCACCCCACACCUCACUGCUACCCUUCUCCACCAUCUCUCUAUAUCAUAACAUUGCUACAAUCUUUUCAAACACUGUUUUUUCUCAUUACCUUCAUCAUCACAAUUACACAUCACACAAGUCUCAUAAUAACACUAUUACAAAAGAUUAUGUUGAGACAGAUGUAUAAAGCUGGACCAGACAAGUAAUAAAUACUUCACUGUAUCAUUAUCUCACUUCAACACACUAAUAAUGACUCAAGAGAGUGUCCAGUUCAGUAGUAAAACAGCAGAUUGCCAUGACACUGCUGAUGGCGCCUUCCCAACCCUCACGAAUGAGUAAUAAUAAUAUCUACAAAAGCGGAAAUCUGAUGAGUUAUCAUCUUAUCAUGCUCCAGGAAGUCACUAUUGUGUAUUCAAUCAUGUGUGAAAAUUUCAUGUCAGUCAGAUAAAUACAAAUAGUAAAACAAACACAAAA